AUGAAAGUAAAUGGUGGCCUUGGCACUUCAGAUGAAAUUUACGUGGACAUGUCGGCUGAAAAUGCACGCUCGGCUCAUGUUGAUAUGACUUCAAAAAGUAAAUCUGCAUCAAUAUUUUACAAGCUUGGCGUAGUUUCAAAUGCUUAUGAAAAUACGAUGUUUGAAAACGACCUGGUCAUGAUUUUUCCUUUGCGGGAAGGUGGCGAGGAAAAAAAAGCUGAACUGUUUAGUAUGCAAGCAUUUGUUGCUUUGCUUUUGGGAAGUGACCUCAAACACUAUUUCUGUCCUUUUCAGCGUGUACUUCGAACCCCUCGAUGCUUCCUCGACGAACAUGGAAGUGACACGGUGAAAACCAGCCACAGCGAAAGUGGCCAAGAAACCGAAAAUAGACUUGAAAGCGAACAGCAUUUUCUAGAAGCUGAGUACGAACAGUUUAUAGGCUCGACUGGCUUCACGACAGAGCGUCGCUUUUGUGAAUUAGUGGCCACGGCCAUAUCGCGACGUGUGCAGCUCGCAUGUGGCUUAACGACGCGAAUGUUUCUCAGCUGUGAUGGUGACGAAAUCAUCAUGUCGGUGAAAUCGGAGAACGAUGAUUUACGUGUGGAAGCCGAUCGUACUAACUACUGUUUGCAGUUAAGCAACAAGCCGUUUGACAUAAUGCUGCACAGAGACAAAAUUCUGGAUUUGAAGCGUGAACUUGGAUCUGUCGAAUGGCAAAAGUCAAUAGAUCAUCUACGAAAUAAACGCGGAACGGCCAACGACACGUCAGAGAUACCCGAGAUGGAUCCACUUCUUAUUUCGCGUGGCGAUGAGUUCCAUCCACAAAUUCGCCAUGCCCUUCGUCGCUGGGGACACAGAGAAGAGGCUGAUGGUAUGUUUUCCGAUCAGGAUAAUCACAGUCAGACACAUUGGAAUCGAUUUUGGACUUCGAUCUUUUCCUUACAUCACGACCCGAUGUCGUAUUUCGCGCCUUUCGCCGACUAUCGCCACGAGCCCGAAUAUCAACCUUAUUUUCGUCGCUAUCCAAUUAAUUGGGGUGGUUUUCAUGAGCAAACACUUUUCUCUCAGAAAGAUCGUAUUCGUCUGGCAUCGAGCAUCGUGGAGCGACACCUUAAUUUGGAUGCGCUUCAAGAUGCAGGGUACUUGAAAAAUCCGAUGUUUGCUCUUCAUGAUGAAGCUGCGUUGAACGAGUUUCGUACAACGUGGGCCCUAGAUAUGAAAAUGAUAUACCAGCCGAUCCACAAAAUUCGUUACUAUUUUGGAGAAAAAAUUGCGCUUUACUUUGCUUGGCUCGAGUUUUAUACCAAGAUGUUGCUUUUUCCAUCCAUUGCAGGUAUUAUCACGAUUAUUUACGAAGAGGAGCGAGACGAAGAUGGAAACGACAAUAAUCGAGGAUACUUCUUGGUCGCCUUUGCGAUCUUCGUGGUCAUUUGGUCGUCAAUGUUUUCUGAGUUUUGGAAGCGAAAAAAUGGUCUACUUGGAUCACUUUGGGGAUGUCACGCACUUUACGAAGGCCUUCAUUAUCGGCCUCAAUUUCGUGGAAUUAAGAGCUACAAUUCAAUCACUGAUGUCGAAGAGCUUACGUACGAAAAUCGAGCAAAGCGCCAUCGAUGGUUUGCUGUGUCCGUAACUGUCGUUACAAUCAUGGUUGGUAUUGUCAUAAUCGCGCUUGUUGGGCUUUUUGUACUGAAACAUCUUAUCAACGACGGUGAUACUUCAUCGAAUAUCGACAUCAAGUUCCGGACUCCACUGACCUUGGCAGUCACUGUUGGAAACGCUAUUCAAAUUUUGAUUCUCAAUAUGAUCUACAGACUUGUUGCUCGAAAACUAAAUGAUUUGGAAAACCAUCGCACAGAUGCUGAUUAUGAGAACUACUUGGCAAUCAAAGUCUUCCUCUUUCAGUUUUGUAAUUCGUUCGCUUCGUUUUUCUAUAUCGCAUUUCUCAAGCGUUCAGUAGAGAAUUCGUGUUUGUAUGGUGAUGACUGCAUGAAAGAACUACGUGAUCAACUGUUGAUUCUCUUUGUGGUUCGCAUAGGGGUGGGCAAUACCACAGAAGUAGCUAUCCCGUACCUUAAGUAUCGAUAUCAGCUAUACGUUGAGGCCAACGCGCAGGACAAUGACCAAAAGAAAGCUCGACACAAUGUUAUCGAAGCUCAAGCUAAGUUGGCACCGUACGAAAGCAAUGAAGCUUUCGAAGAUUACAACGAGCUGGCAAUUCAAUUUGGAUUUCAUAAUCUGUUUGUCGUAGCUUUUCCUUUGACUCCUUUGCUCGCGCUGAUUAACAAUAUUGUGGAAGUGCACGUGGAUGCGUCAAAGCUUUGUUUUGGUUGUCGUCGUCCAUUUCCUCACCCAGCGAAAAGUAUUGGCGUAUGGUUCUACAUCUUUCGUUUGAUGACAUAUAUCACCGUAGGAACAAACGCAGCGCUGAUCCUUUGGACGUCCGAUUUAUUUGAGAAUUACAGCAGAACGGUCAAGGCAUUAGGCUUUGUUGUUGUUUGUCAAGUCGGAUUAACAAUCUCGCUUGUUAUCGAGCGACUUGUACCUGAUAUGCCAAAUCACCUUCACUUGCUUUUAAAACGUUAUGACUAUAUAGUCGACGUCGUCUUUAAGAAUCUCUCCGAGGGUGAUAUCUCCCACCUGAACGAGGUUUCAGAAAGUCUCGAUCUAACAAUUUACCCAAAUCAUGACUGGACAGAAAAUAGUCGUGACGUGAAUACGAAGAUUGGAACGAGCAAUCAGGUUAAUGAAGUGCGGGCAGCAGGCUAUCCUCAUCACGAAGUCAAAGUAUAUAAUUCAUUUGAUAACAUUUACAAAAGCGACUACUAA